UUUCUGGUCCUGGUUUUGGUUCUCGCGAUCGAAGUCGUCGCCAUGCCGGUUACCGAUCGCUGUGGAUGUUGAUGACUUGAUGUCCACGAAAGGGCGCACGUGUGUUGGGCCUCCACUUUCCGGGUGUCCCGUUUUUCGGCCGGCAGGUGCGGGACCUCCGAAACGGGAUAAGUGGAUCCGGCUCAAUUGAGGGGUUCUAGAACUGUUCCGGCGCCAACUUUGUGGUAUAUAUCAGGGAGCCGCUGGGCGAAGUUUCAUAACAUCUUAUUCUUCCUCAGGUUUAGACUUCAGUCUUCCCGAGGUAUCAUCAAAAUAUACCAUAUCUUGAAGAUGGACUCCCAGGGUUUCCGUGAGGCCGCUGCCACGGCCAUUGACGACAUUGCCAGCUACUACGACAACCUCGAUGAUCGGGAUGUCGUGUCCACCGUAGAGCCUGGCUACCUUCGGAAACUUCUGCCAUCCGAGGCCCCGGUAGAAGGCGAGGCAUGGACUGAUAUCCACAAAGACAUGGAGGGCAAGAUCCUCCCCGGUAUCACUCACUGGCAACACCCCGGCUUCCACGCCUUCUUCCCCUGCGCCACCAGCUACCCCUCCCUUCUCGGCGAGCUCUACAGCGCCGCCCUCCCCGCCGCGGCCUUCAACUGGAUCUGCUCUCCAGCCGUGACUGAGCUCGAGACGAUCGUGCUCGACUGGCUGGCCAAGGUCCUCGGCCUUCCCGAAUGCUACCUGUCCACCGGUCCCACCCGGGGCGGCGGCGUCAUCCAGGGCUCCGCCUCCGAGGCUGUUCUGGUCGCCAUGGUCGCCGCCCGCGACAAGUACCUGCGCGAGACGGUACCUCUGGACCAGUUCCCCGAGGGCUCCGAGGCGCGCGAGGACGCCAUCGCCCACAAGCGCAGCAAGAUGGUGGCGCUCGCCACGUCGGCCACGCACUCGUCCACCAAGAAGGCCUCCAUCAUCUCUGCCGUGCGCUUCCACACCAUCCCCGUCCACGCCGACACGGGCUACUCGCUCACCGGGCCUGUGCUGGCUAAGACGCUCGCCGAGCUGCGCGCCCGCGGGCUCGAGCCAUUCUUCAUGACCGCCACCCUCGGCACGACCGACACCUGCGCGGUCGACGACUUUGCGGGUAUCGUGUCGACGCUCAAGUCGGACCCCGUGCACCCUGCCGGCACACCCGGUGAGCUGUGGGUACACAUCGACGCAGCCUACGCCGGCUCGGCGCUGGUCCUGCCCUCGGUCCAGGAGCAGGUGACCAUCUCGCUGAUCGAGAACUUCCACUCGUUCAACAUGAACAUGCACAAGUGGCUGCUGACCAACUUCGACGCCUCGUGCCUCUUCGUGCGCGACCGCAACUGGUUCAUCCAGGCUUUGACCAUCAACCAGGCCGUGUACGGCAACAAGGCGUCCGAGGGCGGGCUGGUGACGGACUACCGCGAGUGGAUGAUCCCGCUGGGCCGUCGCUUCCGGUCGCUCAAGAUCUGGUUCGUGCUGCGGAGCUACGGCGUCAAGGGCCUGCAGGAGUAUAUCUCGCGGACCCUCAAGCUGGGCGAGGAGUUUGCCGACUCGCUCAAGUCUAGGCCGGAUCUGUUUGAGAUUUUGACUGGCCCCAGCUUUACCCUGACUGUGUUCAGGGUGGCCGGCAAGGAGCAGGGUAAGAGCGAGGAGGAGCUGAAUGCGCUCACCAAGGCUGUGUGCGAGAAGAUCAACGCUUCCGGCAGGAUGUGGGUGACUAGCACGGUGCUGGAUGGCAUGUUUGCCAUUCGCUUGAUGACUGGCGUGAGUACGACUGAGAAGGAGCAUGUUGACCGGUCGUGGAAGAUUUUGGUUGAGGCGGCGGAGGAAGUUCUCAAGGCUUAGAGCGCGGGUUAAGAAUAAGAGACAUGGUGUGUGCAUGGCGCCAGGUAGAUAAAAGCAAAUGAUACCGUUGAGGACCAGAAUGAUGCAAAGCAUCAACGCAACGUUUCCUUCUGAUCAAGCCACCGAGACCUACCCAAACCCCUCUGAUACUAACAAUGACACACCAAAUGUACAUGGACGUUAGAAUCAGUAUAACUCUGU